AUGUCGAAGAGAAAUACAAAUAACAUUAGUGACUUUUUCAUUAAGUCAAAAAAACAAAAAAGUUCUAUUAACAAUAUUACUGAAGAUGAGUCUGGACACAAUGAACCGAAAUGCUCCAGUUUGAUAGUUUCUAAUCCUAUAACUAGAAAUAUUCAUAAUAUUGCCAUUGAAAGCAAUCAAGAAUUGAUGUCUAGUGAUGUUGAUGAUUAUGAAAAUAACAAUUUAAGUAGUGAUGAUUUAAGUGAAGAAAGUAAUUGUGAAAAUGAUAUAGAGGUAAUUAAAAAUUAUAAUGAACAUGAAGUAGCUGAAAAAUAUUUAACAAAACCAGAUAGUUUUCGACAAGUUCCUGGGCCUAAUGAUAUAAGUCAAAAUUUAGAUGAGGGUCCUACUCAACACAAACUAAAAAAAUAUCCAAAAACUGUAUACGGAGUCGGUCAAACAAAACGAAUGAGAGGUUUUAAUACCAACUGGUAUGAACUUUAUAAAUGGUUGGAGUACAGCAAAAUUGAAGAUUCUGCAUUUUGCUUUCCUUGUAGAUUUUUUUCCAAUAAAUUAAAAACAAAUUUAGACACAAACUAUAGAACUACAGGAUACAAAAACUGGAAAAAUGCAAUGUCUGCCAAAGGAUUUCCUUUGCAUGAUAAAUCUGACGAACAUAAACAAUACCAACAUGAACGUUUGGUAAUGGAAAAUAGAAGAUAUAUGAAGGCAAUCAUUAUUUCACUAAGAAUGCUGGCAGUUCAAGGACAAGCUUUAAGAGGACAUAUUGAAAAUUAA